AUGGACCCCGAAAAAGUUAAGGGGCAAAAAGCCCAAGAUCCUCUUCAAGAAGAUAAUUCUUCAAGCAACAUUGACCCAAUUGAACAAGGCCCAUACCAAGAAGAACCUCAGAUUUAUUCUAAAGAUCAUUAUCACAACGACCUCGAAAAAAAUCAAUCAGAUAAUGACCAUCUUUCAAAAGUAAUCAGCAACCCUGACAAUGUUCGCCGGCUUGAAUCUCUUACUCGUGUUCUUUCAUCUCGUCGUCUUUCAGUACGAGGCUUAGCGGCUGGUCCUCUUCAAAUUGAUCCCAACGAUUUUGAUUUAAAUGCAUUACUUAAGUCUAUGGCACAGCGUCUUGAUGAUCAAGGAAUUGCUCGUAAAUAUACUGGUGUGGCUCUAGACAAUGUUACUGUGUGGGGCAAAGACAUUUCAACUGCUCAUGGCCCCUCUGUGACGGAGUUUGUACUCAAUUUGCUUAGUUUUCCUAAAACUAUUUUUAGCGUUUUUAAAAAAAAAACUCGCCCCAUUAUUCGUGACGUUACUGGUCUUAUUCGAGAAGGAGAGCUUCUUCUUGUUCUAGGUCGUCCAGGUUCUGGAUGCACUACCUUUUUAAAGACAGUUGCAGGCGAAAUUAGUCAAUUUACAAAAAUUGAUGGCGAGGUUACAUACUCGGUGGAUAAUCACUUCCCCCACCUGACUGUCGAGCAAACACUACGAUUCGCCAUUGCUUGCAGAACUCCUGAAACAAGAAUUGAUCAAAUGACCCGCAAACAAUUCCAGGAUCUUUCGUUAGAAGCACUCGCUAUUGUUUUUGGUUUACGCCAUGUCUUGCAAACAAAGGUUGGAAAUGAUUAUGUUCGUGGUGUUUCUGGUGGUGAACGUAAGCGUGUAUCAAUUGCGGAAGCAUUAGCCGCACGAGCGGCUGUUUACUGCUGGGAUAAUGCUACAAGAGGUUUAGAUGCUUCCACUGCACUUGAGUACACCCAUGCAAUUCGUGCCGCCACUAACAUUUUGAAUAAUGUUGGUGUUGUGGCGAUUUACCAAGCUGGUCAAAAUAUUUACGACUUGUUUGAUAAGGUUACUGUAUUGUAUUCUGGCAGACAGAUAUACUUUGGUCUUGCUGAAAAUGGCAAGGCCUAUUUUGAAAAGAUGGGUUAUUAUUGUCCCUCUCGUCAAACAACUGCCGAGUUUUUGACGUCAGUGACAGACCCCAAUGGACGCUUGGUUAAGGAAGGCUUUGAAGGCAAAGUACCUCAGACUGCUAAUGAAUUUGAAGCUUACUGGAAGGCAUCCCCUGAGUAUGCUUAUGCACGUGAUGAGAUGGAGCAGUACCUAGCUGAUACCAAAGCUUCUGAUACUGUACAGCGAUUCCACAAUGUUGCUAGCAGUGAAAAGAUGAAGCAUAUGAGAUCCAAAUCACGAUACUUGAUCACUUUCCGUGCUCAAUUACACCUUGUCAUGAUUCGUGGUUUUCAGCGGGUUAUUGGCGAUAAAGCUUACACUGUUAUUACAGUUUCUGGCAGUAUUAUUCAGGCCUUUGUUAUUGGAUCUCUUUUCUACAAUAUUCCUCAAUCAACGAUCGGUGCCUUUUCCCGAGGUGGUGUCAUGUUUUUUGCACUUCUUUAUAUGGCUUUGACAUCUCUUGCCGAAAUUAACAGCGCUUUUGUCAACCGUCCUAUUUUAAUGAAACAAAAGUCGUACUCGUUUUAUCACCCAUCUGCUGAAACUUUACAGGGAAUUUUUUCAGGGAUUCCUGAACGAUGCUUGUCCCUUAUCUGUUUCGCUGUUGCUCUAUACUUUUUGGCAAAACUAAAACAAACUGCUGGCCAAUUUUUCAUUUUCCUAUUGAUUCUGACAAUUUCAACGUUGACAUUGGGUGGCUUUUUCCAGAUGGUUGCUGCUUUGACUAAAGACGCUCAAACUGCCAACUCGGUUGCCGGUGUUAUGGUUUUGCUUCUUGUUGUGUAUACAGGCUAUAUGAUUCCAUUGACUCAAAUGCACCCUUGGUUUAAAUGGAUCAGUUAUUUGAACCCACUUCGUUAUGGAUUUGAGACGAUGUUGGCCAACGAAUUCCAUCAUAGGGAAAUGCCAUGUUACGAAAUUAUUCCUAAUGGUCCAUCUUAUCAGAACCUGCAACCUGAAAACUUUAUCUGUGCGUUUACUUCUUCUCAGGCUGGCAGAGAGACUGUAAAUGGUGAUCACUUCUUGCGUGUAGCUUAUGGUUACUCUUGGGGGAAAGCAUGGCGUAACAUAGGCCUGGUUUGCAUCUUUUACAUUGGUUUUUAUGCCAUAAAUUGUGUUGCUACUGAGAUUUUGAGUCCUCUUAGUGGUGGUGGUGAUCUUUUGUUAUUCCGCCGAGGUCAUUUACCCAAGUCACUUGACGAAGAAGAAGCCCCAGCAAGCCGCGAGGAAAUUGAUGCUGCACUUUCUGGGUUGGGCUCUGGUGACGAAGAGCCUGACAUUUUUUCAUGGCAGCAUGUCAACUAUACUGUUCCUGUUAAGGGUGGUACUCGUCAGCUUUUGAAUGAUGUUCAAGGUUAUGUUAAACCAGGAACUAUGACAGCACUUAUGGGUGAGUCUGGUGCUGGUAAGACGACACUGCUUAACGUUUUGUCAAAGCGUGUAGAUGUUGGUGUCAUUACUGGUGAUAUGCUUGUUAAUGGUAAGCCGUUGGAUGACACCUUUCAACGCAGGACUGGAUAUGUCCAGCAGCAAGAUUUGCAUUUGGCGGAAACUACAGUUCGUGAAGCUUUGCAAUUUGCAGCAAGACUUCGCCAACCUUCGAAUGUUCCUGAUCAGGAAAAGAUGGAUUAUGUGGAAAAGAUUAUUAGUUUGCUUGGUAUGUCACUCUAUGCUGAGGCCUUGGUUGGUAAGGUUGGUUGUGGUUUAAAUGUGGAGCAACGCAAAAAGCUUUCCAUUGGUGUUGAGCUUGUUGCUCGACCAUCUUUGUUACUGUUUUUAGAUGAACCUACUUCUGGUCUUGAUUCGCAGUCUGCUUGGGGUAUUGUUACUUUUAUGAAGGAACUUGCUCGUUCUGGUCAAUCCAUUUUGUGUACUAUUCAUCAGCCAUCUGCAACGCUUUUCGAGCAGUUUGAUCGUUUGUUAAUGCUUAAGAAGGGAGGUUAUACCGUCUACUUUGGUGAUAUUGGUAAGAACUCUUCGACCUUGACUAGUUAUUUUGAGCGCAAUGGUGCCCGUCCAUGCGGCAAGGAAGAGAACCCAGCAGAGUAUAUUUUGGAGUGCAUUGGUGCUGGUGCAACAGCAAGCUCCAACCAAAACUGGGGUGAUGUUUGGGCUUCAUCUGCGGAAUGUGCAGCUUUAACAGAAGAGAUUACUCAACUUCAUGCAAAUCUUCGUGCUCGUCCUGAGAAGCAAGUUGAUAAGGCCUUGAAGACAAAGUUUGCUGCUAGUUAUUUUACCCAGCUUUCUAUUGUUUAUCAACGUACAAGCCGUCAAUAUUGGCGAUCUCCUGGUUACAUCAUUGCCAAGUUGAUGCUUAUGGGUGUUGGUGGUGUUUUCAUUGGGUUUUCCUUUUUUAACAUCAAUUACUCAAUCUCUGGUAUGCAAAAUGGUAUGUUUGGUAUCUUUUUAAUUUUGCUUAUCUCGUCUCCCCUUUGUAAUCAGAUUGAAGAGUUUGCCCAGCAAUCAAGAGAUCUGUAUGAGGUUCGAGAGUCUAAAUCAAACACCUUCCAUUGGUCCACCUUGCUUCUUUCUCAUUACUUUUCCGAGGUGCCGUAUCACUUGGUAUUUUCGACAUUCUUGUACAUUGGAUUUUACUUCCCCGUUGGGUAUCGGCGCACAGCUGGAGUUGCAGGGUACUUUUACAUGAUUUACUGUGUAUUCUUCCAGUUGUAUUAUAUUUCGUUUGCGCUCAUGAUUUUUUACAUUUCUCCCGAUGCCGCUUCGUCUUCUGUUAUUACUUCGAUGCUUUUCUCAUUUAUGAUUUCAUUCUGUGGUGUUAUUCAGCCUAAGCUUCUUAUGCCUGGGUUUUGGACGUUUAUGUGGAAAGUAUCGCCGUAUACGUAUUUUGUCCAAUCCUUUUUAGUUGUCGUUUUCCAUAAUAGACCUGUUCGCUGUGACCCGUUUGAGUUUAAUGUUAUGGAACCUCGAUCUGGACAAACAUGUGGAGAAUAUUUUGCUGAUUUUCUUGAUUCAGGGAACCCUGGCUAUGUCAACAAUCCGGAUGCAACUACGGGCUGUGAGUUUUGCAAGUAUAGCGUUGGAGACGAGUACAUAGAGACUGUGAGUGCUUCGUACAGUUACAAGUGGCGUAACGUUGGCUUUAUUUGGGCAUUUAUUGUUUUUAACUUUUUUGCAAUGUUGGGAAUGUACUAUAUUGUGCGUGUGCACAAGUGGAACUUGUCUAAUAUAAAGUCGUUGGUCAAUUUCGGAUGGAUCCGUGAGAUGUUCAAGAUUAAAGAGGAACGUGAGGAGGAGGAACACCAUGAUGUGUAUGAAGAAAGACCAGAGGAUAUUGCAAUGGCGCGUGAAGUGGACAACCAGAUUCGCAUUCGCCGCCAGUCAGUGGCAAAUUCAACUUCUGUAUUCACUGAUCCCAGUGCUUACAAGGAAGUUUAA